UGUUGUGAUAGGUAUUCUUUUUGAUUUUUUACUUGGCUAAAUUCAACUGAGCACGCUUUUCCUAAUGUAGCAGUCAGCAAAUAAAAGAAAUCAAAUAAAACACACAAAGAACCACAGAGAGAGACACACACACAUAUAUAAGCGAAAGACUGUGUGUGUGCGUGUGUGUGUGUCACGAGUAUGUGUGUGUGCGUGUUUUGAUGGGGCGCUUCUAACGUUGUGGUUUCAUUUGGCAAAGCACAAAAUUCUUCUAUAUAAAAUAACGGAAACAACUAAACUAAACUGAACUGAACUAAACUAAAAUAAACUGAUCUGAACGGAACUCAAAGCGAAAAUCCAACCCAAAAACCCAAUUCCAAAUUUAAGCCAAAAUAAAAAAAGCAAAAAAAAUAGGAAAAAAAAGAAACCAGCAGCUGAAAUUGUUAACCUUUUGGGGAUAUCAACUAACCAAACAGGGAAACAAACCUGGCGGACAGCCAGCGGCAACAGCAGCAACAUUUAAGUUUUUAUCAGAGCAAGAACAAAAUAAAGUUUUCUUUCCAGCCAGUACAGUGCCAACCGAAAAAAGACGAACCACAACAGCAGCAGCAACAACAACAACAGAAGCCACAAGUGCGCGCAGUGCCCAAAGGACAUUCAAGGAGGACUUUAAGCACAAUUUCUACUUCUUCAUUUUCAUCACUUCUUAGUUAUCUUUUUUUUUCUGCUCCUUCGCGUGGACAAAGUUUUAUAUCCCUUUCAAUUUGAUUUCUGUCGGAGUACUUUCAAAGGAUUUAACAGCUGUCACAAUGAGCAAUAGGAAAAAUCGUAUUGACGCCUCGACUUUGUCCCCAAGGGGAUCCAAGCCCAAGAAUCUGAGCAAAUCCAAGACCAGUAAUAAUAAUACAUCUCAAGCUGGCUCCACUCGACUGCCUGGCAUUGAGGAGAAUGCGCAGAGUGAGAGCGGAAAUGCGCCCUUUGUACUGGUCGACGGUAUGAGUACAAAGAGUCGUCAGCAGCUCCACCUGGCGUUGUCCAAGUGCGAGAAGAGACGCAUGAAGUGGAUCCAGAGGCAGUGCUGUGUGCUGCCCUUGCUCAAAUAUAUGAAGCCAUCGAUAAGAGUUGAGGCCACAACGGCUGUGGAAAUGGAAGCACAGGCUGAACUGGACUUUCAGGAGGAUCUCAAGCAACUUUGCAUUGCCGAGCUGACCGUGGGAGAUGUCUGGGAGAGAGCUGGAGCAGUGACACCCAUUGCACACACUUCCAGUGUUGAGAAUCUGUUGCAGAAUAAGCCAAGACUGGAGGAAAUCCGUUCACAGUUGGAGCAACUGCGUAAAAGUCAAGAGGAGACUGACAGGAACUUGUCAAUCCGAGCUAAAAAGGACUCGACAACGAAACAACCCAGACUAUUGCGACAAGGCACAUUUGAUGUGAAGCGGGAUGAUCAGCUCUUAACAUCAUCUUCACGCUGCUCCAUAGGCAGCUCCAAAAUCAUGAGCAUGGCCAAUAGAUCGCAUCCAUCAUCGCAAUGUUCGCUGAUGAGAGGCGUCACACCAAGACCAACAAACAGCACGACUUGUUUAUUUCAAAACAAGUCCUAUACUCUAGUUACGGACUCCAAAAAGGUCAGCAGAGUGCCGAGUUUGCAUGCAUCCAGGACAAUUGAGUUGCCCAAGAUUAUUAAUAAAAUUGGCGAUCUGCUGUUGCAGCUGCCGCUGGAGCAGCAGCAGAAAUAUAAGCUGGAAAAUAAGGAAUCCUACGCGUACGUGGUAACCAUUACACCCAACACGGAUACUGAGACCUCGGAUGUGGAGUCGAUUGCGACAUCCUCAAUCCAUCCCAAUACAUCCCGAUCUGCCAUCUGUAAUUCGACUACGCCCAGUGUCAGCAACUCUUCCCUUUUGGACACUGAUCCUGCAGCCCAUUUAGGAUCACAACGAAUCAAGACCCAACCGCCUCCCAUUCAACCCAAGUCGCGCUCAUUCCUCAAGAUGUCCUCCAGAAUAUUAAAGAAAAUAAAGAAUUGACUUAAUGACGUUGUUGGAGAGUUCCAGCUUUUCAAGGCAUUCGAAUCAAAGGCGCCAUCGCUCAAAACUUUAUACAGUUAUUUGAUCCAUAUAUUUCUAAAUAAAAAGAGAAGUGACUAUUUAAGAUAGGAAAAAUGUA